AACGUCCCUGUUGCCUCUUCCGACACGACACUUACAAGGGGCUGCAUGUGUUAUUUCGGGGAUUAACAACUGUAAAUGUAAAAACAAUUAUAAGGUUGACAACUACAGGUCUUAACAUGAGCACGCUAUGGAUGGGGAACUUGGAGCCCUACAUGGACGAAAACUUCAUAACCCGAGCCUUCGGCACUAUGGGGGAGUUGGUGGUGAGUGUACGGAUUAUACGCAACAAGAUGACCGGGGGUGCAGCAGGCUACUGCUUCGUGGAGCUGACGGAUGAAGCCACAGCUGAGCGGUGUCUUCGUAAAGUCAAUGGAAAAGCACUACCAGGAGCCACACCGCCCAGAAGAUUUAAAUUAAACCGGGCCACUUUUGGGAAGCAAGGAGAAAGCAGUCCACUCUAUUCCCUGUUUGUUGGGGAUCUCACGCCUGAAGUGGAUGACGGGAUGCUGUACGAGUUCUUCUACAACCGCUACCCUUCCUGUCGUGGGGGGAAGGUGGUGCUGGAUGGCACGGGGAACUCCAAGGGUUGUGGGUUUGUCCAGUUCCCAGACCAGAGGCUUCAGAAGCUGGCCCUGGAGGAGUGUCAGGGAGCGGUGGGGCUUGGGAGCAAGCCCCUACGACUGAGCCUAGCUGCUAACAAAACUAGGCAUAAUCAAUCAGACAGGGGGUGGGGGUCACAUGGAGGAGGCUACAGACACAACCAGCAACAAUACAAUCAACAGUCAUAUGGUGGUGGAUGGGGCUCUUGGGGCUACGACCAGAAUGGAGGCAACUAUGGCGGCUACAACUACAACCAGUAUGAUUACACACAGAAUCCUGCACAGGAAAAUGAAGCUGUUGAAGAGGAUGGUCUGGAAGAUCCUAACCCAGAGCUGGAUGUGUUGGAAGCCAACAGGAAGUUUAUGGAACACAGUGAGGAACUGUAUGAUGCCCUUAUCCAGUGCCACUGGCAACCCUUGGAAUCCUCAGAACAAGCAUUUGGAACCACAAGUAGCCUUCCAGAACCUGUCUACUGUUGAGGCGUACAAUGGAAUGGCAAUAUCCUCUUUUGCCAUGCUCUUUGGUCUUUCAUAUUAUAUUCUGUAAAUGUUUGAUCAUGGAAAGGUUAAAGACAUAUCCCCAGUCCUUGGCCAUAACUGCCAUUUGCUUUACAAUACUUUUUUUUUUUUUUGUUAAUUGACAUGUUUUAUUUUGUGUGUCUUUAUAAAAGUCAUGCUGUGCCUAAGAAUAAGCUUCCUGUUUCCAUUUGUUAUGCUUCGCUAAACUGCACAGAAGAAUGUAUUCCAAAUGGGACCCUAUUCUCUAUUUAGUGCAGCACUACUUUUAGCUUAGGGCCUAAAAGUGCUUAGGUCAAAAGUAUUGCACUAUAUAAUGAAUAGAGUGCCAUUUGGGACAUCAUUUUUCUCAAUUGAGUGAUUGUGUAAUCUGCUAUGUUAAACUGCCUUCUGUCUGUUUCCAUAUGUGUUUGUAAAAAUGGAGUAAACGUGUAUGUAUCAUGUUGCCAGGUAGAGAUGUCUUAUAAAAUGACCCAACCAAAAUUACAGGAGGAGUAGCCGCCAGGCUACCCUGGGGAAGCUGUAACCGAAAUCCCCGAGCUGACAAGAGUUUUCCCAAUACACCUGCCACGCAACCACCCAACAGUCUUCACCGUGAGACCUAAGAGCACGCCACACUGGCAGCAAUGUCUUAUAGUAAAGCAGACGGCUAUCGCACCCAGCCACGGGACUCCAAUACCCUCAUCCAGACAUGCAGCUCAAACAUCCAGAAGAUCACACAGAACACUGCUCAGAUAAAGAGCAUGGUGAAUCAGCUGGGGACGAGACAAGACACAAGCGAACUGCAGGACCGUCUGCAGCACAUACAGCACUUUACAAACCAGCUGGCCAAGGAGACCAACAAGCACCUGAAAGACCUGGGCUCCGUCUCACUAUCUUCAGCACCUUCAGAGCAGAGGCAACAGAAGAUCCAGAAGGACCGGCUGAUGAAUGAAUUCUCCGCUGCCCUCAACAACUUCCAGGCCGUACAGCGCCAGGCAGCACAGAAGGAGAAGGAGUCUGUGGCCAGAGCCAGAGCUGGUUCCCGUCUCUCUGCUGAAGAUGGUGCCUCUGAGGAACAGCUCGUGUCUUUUGAUAACCAAGAAGAUUGGGGUCAGACAACCACACAGACGACAGAGGAGGCCAUAACAGAAGAGGACUUGGAGCUUAUCAAGGAGAGAGAGACCAACAUCAGACAGCUGGAGUCGGACAUCUUGGAUGUGAACCAGAUCUUCAAGGAUCUAGCAGUGAUGAUCCAUGAUCAGGGAGAGAUGAUUGACAGCAUAGAGGCCAACGUGGAGAGUGCUGAGGUCCACGUAGACCGAGGGACAGAACAGCUCCAGAGAGCCUCCUACUACCAGCAAAAGUCCCGUAAGAAGAUGUGCAUUCUGGCUAUGGUCAUGUCCAUAGUACUGACCAUACUAGGCAUCAUCAUCUGGCAAGCCACCAAAUGAGAAGAGAGACAGACAACCCUCCUCUCUUUCACAUCUUUAUUUAUUUCAUUCCCCCACCCAACCUGAAACACCAGCCCAGGAUAGAUCCCCUCCAACCUGAAACACUAGCCCAGGAUAGAUCCCCUCCAACCUGAAACACUAGCCCAGGAUGGAUCCCCUCCAACCUGAAACACUAGCCCGGGAUAGAUCCCCUCCAACCUGAAACACCAGCCCGGGAUGGAUCCCCUCCAAUCUGAAACACCAGCCCGGGAUGGAUCCCCUCCAAUCUGAAACACCAGCCCGGGAUGGAUCCCCUCCAAUCUGAAACACCAGCCCGGGAUGGAUCCCCUCCAAUCUGAAACACCAGCCCGGGAUGGAUCCCCUCCAAUCUGAAACACCAGCCCGGGAUGGAUCCCCUCCAAUCUGAAACACCAGCCCGGGAUGGAUCCCCUCCAAUCUGAAACACCAGCCCGGGAUGGAUGCCCGGAGCGAUGCCCAGCUAGCUCACUGUUGCCAGGGUCAGGGGAGUGGCAUCAGGGCAAAGGGGUGGGUCUGGGAUAUGUAACCUGACACUCCCUACCUGAGCUCAAGGCCUCCAGCUAACCCCCUGUCUCAUUUACCCUGAGACAAGGCAGUAGUAUUUCUAUUCAAAUGAAGGAGAGUAUUGGAGUAAAAUGGGGCGGGAGAGAGUGGAUUAAUAUAAAGAUAUUCUGUUUAAUUCUACUUGUGAUAUUUACUACACUAACAUUCAUUGUAUUUCCAAACACAUAAUACAUAAUUGUUGUUAUAUCAUUGUUGAUGAACUAUUAUAUAUCAAAUGGGGACGGACACCGAUAUGGAAAAAAAAUAAAACUGUUGUUUUUGUAAAUUCAUCUCUGGGUUUUUGUAGGGAGAUAAAUGAUUUUGGUAACCUGUACAUUUCCUGCACCUUUCUGGUAUGUAAAACAGUUUAGAGUGCCACACUCCAUUCAAGUUAUAGGAGAGGUUUCCUGAACACAGAUUGAGCCUCGAUGGCGAUUCUGCAUUGAUCUUGUAUUUUCGUCCAGGACUAGUCUUAAUCUGUGUCCGGGAAAACCACCCCAUAGUCCUUAUAUUGCUCAGGUGAGAUCAGGUUCUGAUAGUGAACCUUUUUUUUUAAACGUUUUUUUAAAUCCAACUGUCUACAUGAUUAUAACAAACUCUCUGGUCGUAAUAAACACAUUUAUUAACACUGUUGAAGAGCAAACCUCUUAGCAGUUUCCAAAACACAGAUUAAGUUUCAAAUGAUUUGUAAUUACGUUUCCGGCACCUUGACCAUCCAUCAAUUCUUUUAAAAUCAUCCCACGGUUCAAAUCUAGUUUAUAAUCCCUGUCGUAGAUGGUGUUGACUGGAUAUGAUGACCAUAGUUGUUGAUGUGCUGUAAAACUUCAUUUAUGACUGAUGUUCUCGUUAUGAUGCAAUUUUUUUGUAAUAUAUUACAAUCUUGGACUACAAACCCAUUAUAAUGACAAUAUUAUAUCUGUUAAUUGCAACCAUAGUUUUAAAAACAAAACAAAAGUAAUUGUCAACCUGUUUUAUUGAUAUCUAUGGCUUCUAUCAAUAUGCUUAAAUAAAUACUCUUAAAUACAA